CUCAGGACAGCCUGGGGAGGAACGGGGAGAGGGAAACUCUCAGCUCGGACUCCAGAGCUUCCCCUGCUCUGCUGUGCACCCCCGAAGGAGCAGGGAGUGAAAUCCAGCGCGGGGCCGGGAGGGAGGGCGGCGGGAAACGCGGGGGAUUUGGGGUUUGGGGGAGGAGUGGGGUGUGGAGUUGGAGGUCGGGAGAGCCGAGUGCCGGGAAGAGGCGGUUUUAACCCAAAAGGGAUUUUCUCACCCCGAUCUGGGCUCUCCUCGGCCCCACCCAGCCCAGCUGAAGUAAAAACCAGAGAUUUUGGAGAUGUGGGGUCAGAAGGGGAAGGAAGUUGGGGUUUCCCCUGUUUCAGUCGUGAACUCUGAGUUCAGCUGUUGCAUCUGGGCCGGAUUUUCCAGCUCCGGGGAGAAAUGAGGCAAAAAUGGGGAUUUUUGGUGCCGUGAAUGCAUCCAGCCUUGGGAUUCGCCUCAGUGGGAGGGGGAAAAAGGGAUGGGACGAGUUUGGGGCCACCAGAACGUUCCCUGUGAAAUCAGCAGGGGGGAAGUUCCGGAGGUUUUCACCCUUAGCACGAAUUUUCAAGGAAAAAAAUUCCACCCAUCCCUGGUUUUGUAAACGAGAGCUGCGGGAGGGGUUUAGGGCCGGGUUUGUCCCGGGCUGGGACACCCUGAGGGGCCUCUCCCGGCCGGAAUCCGACCCAGAAAAGUCCCGGGAGGAUUUAUCCCUAAAAACAACAACAGCAGCAACGCCCCGAGGGAUGGAAAAUCCCAUUUCCCCUUCACGGCUCCAAACCGAUCCCGAUCGGCGCUGCCUGUUCCCUGCUCUGGGGAAUAUUCCCUCAGAAUUCCCUGAUUUUGGGAAAUAUUCCCUUAUUUUACCCCAUUUUUAGGGAAUAUUCCCUCAGAAUUCCCUGAUUUUGGGGAAUAUUCCUUCCAAAUCCCCUACUUUCAGGAAAUAUUCCCAUAUUUUACCCAAUUUUUAGGGAAUAUUCCCUUAUAAUUCCCUAUUUUUAGGGAAUACUCCCUCACCAUCCCCCAUUCUUAGGGAACAUUCCCUCAUGAUCCCAUUUUUUAGGGAAUAAUCCCCCAUUUUUAAGGAAUGCUCCCUGAUUAUCCCAUAUUUUUAGGAACUGUUCCCUUAUCACCCCCUGUUUUUAGGAAAUACUCCCUUAUUGUCCCGUUUCCCUGGAAUUCUCCCCCGUUUCCCUGGAAUUCUCCCCCAUUACCUCCCGUUUUUAUGGAAUUCUUCCCGGUUUUCUGGCAUUCUCCCCUAUUAUCUCCCGUUUUUAUGGAAUUCUGCCCCGUUAUCUCCCGUUUUUAUGGAAUUCUGCCCCGUUAUUUCCCGUUUUUAUGGAAUUCUGCCCUAUUAUCUCCCAUUUUUAUGGGAUUCUGCCCCGUUUUUCCCCAUUUUCCCCCCAGUCCCCGUUACCGACCGGCGCCGGUGCCGCUCCCGAGAGGAUCCCGAGAGGAUCCCGGGGCGAUCCCGGGGAUCGGGGCAGGGCCCGGCCCCGGCGGCUCCGGGCAGGAGAAUCCUGACGGUGCAGAACGAGCGCCGCUAAUCCCGGGAUUACCGCGGGACAGACGGACGGGAGGGGAGGGGCGGCGGCACCGGGCUGGCGACAGCGACAGCGACAGGGACAGGGAAUCUGCCUUGGGAAUCGGGAUCGGCACCGCGACCGUGGGGAAAAGGGGAAUUGUAGGGAAAAGUGGGGUUGGAAGGGGGAAAAAGUGAAAUUGGAGGGUAAAGAGCGGGACCGUAGGGAAAAAUACGGAAUUAUAGGGAGGAAAAUGGGUUUGGAGGGAAUAAGGUGGAUUUGGAGGAGAAAAGGCUCUGAAAUGUGGAUUCCCAGGUGGGGAUGAGGAUGAUGGUGAUAGGGAUGAACACCCCGGAGCUGUCGGUGCCCUGGGAUCUGGGUUUUCCCACUCCUGGAAAUCCCUUUUCCCACCCCAAACUGCCCUCCCUGACCUCAGUCCCUCCCCCCGGGCGCUCCCGCUCGGCUGGGCCGGGACAAAGCCCCGGGAGAAGCCGGGAAUGUUCGGGGAGCUGCGAGAGGGAAAAUCCCGGGAGUGGGGGCGAUCCCAGCCCCCAAAUCCCCCAUUCCAGCCCCAAAUCCCCUAUUCCAGCCCCAAAUCCCCCAUUCCAGCCCCCAAAUCCCCCAUUCCAGCCCCAAAUCCCCCAUUCCAGCCCCAAAUCCCCUAUUCCAGCCCCAAAUCCCCCAUUCCAGCCCCAAAUCCCCCAUUCCAGCCACAAAUCCCCCAUUCCAGCCCCAAAUCCCCUCCUGACGGGAGCCCCGGCGCUCCCCAUCCCUGCCGGGAGAUCCCGAGCAGGUGGAAAAUGGGCUGGGAAAGGAGGAAAACAGGAGGGAAGCUCCAAGAAAGGAUAAAUUUCUGGGAGUUUCCAUCCCUGAAAUCCCAGGAGAACCCAGGACACCCCAGAAGGACGAGUCAGGAAUGGGGAAAAAUCCGGGAAAAGCCGGAAAAAAGGGAUGUUUUCCCCAGGAUCCGAGUGGGAGGAGCUCCGGGAGGCGCUCCCAGGACUCCGACCCCUGGAAUCUCCUGAAUCAGCAGAUUCGAUUCCCGCGGAGGAAAAUUUGAGGAAUUUUUCCCUCUUUCCAUCAAUUCCGGCUCCAGCAGAGGGAAUCCUGUUCCUUUCCCGUCCUUUUUUUGGGAUUUGGGGUUUGGAUUGGGAGGAAUUUGGGCUCUUUUUUUGCAAAUUGCAGGAAAAUUUCGUUCCUUUUCCAGCACUUUGGGCUUCAGCACAUCCAGGUCUUUCAUUUCCCACCCGAUUUGGGAAAUUCCUGCAGCUCAGGAAAAAUUCGGGAUCUUUUUGACUCUUGCCACAAAUUUACCUCUCACCACCUGGAAAUUUCAUUCCUUUUCCACCUGGUUUUGGAAAUUCCUACCUCAGUGUGAAAUUUUCUGCCCAUUUUCAGCCCCUUGAGCUUCAGGACCUCAACAUUUUUCCUUCCCCCCCCCCCCCCAUUUUUCCAUUAAAAAAAUCCAAUUUCCUGCCCUUUUCCAGCCCUGCCACGCAGAAAUUUGGGGGGUUUUUUUGCCAAUUUUCAGGAAUUUCGGUGCUGUCUGAGCAGCCCUUCCCCACCCUGGUGCAACCCCAUUUUCCCCAAGGGAUGGAAUUCCAACUCCUUUUCCCAGGGGAAGGGCCCGAGGGAGGAGCAGCCUCCAAAACCUCCUCGCGUUCCUCCCACCGCUCCCUCCUGAUCCGUUCCAGCCUUUUUUCGGUGCCCGGUUGGAAUCCCCUCCCGCCCCGGGAUCGCUCCGCAGGACGGAUUUUCCCAAAAAAAAAUCCGGGAAUUCCCCAUUUCCCCGCGGUGCCGGAGCUGCGGGAGCGGCAGAGAGGAAGAGGAGCCCUUUGGGAUGAAGGAAAAGCCCGGCUUGGGGACAAUCCCGGGGCCAGCCGGAGGAUGAGGAAGGAAGGGAGGAAGAAAUCUCGGCCUCGGCCACACCCCGACCCCUCCCGGUGCCAAAAAAUCCACGGGAAAAGCCAAAAUCCGGGAAAAGCCAAAAUCCGGGAGAAGCGGCGGCGGCUCCUCCCGGGCCGGAGUUGCCGCUGGGAGCGGCCGCGGGCCGGGGAUGGGGUCGGAGUCCGCUCGGGCUGCCGGGACACGCCUUGGAAAUCCGGGGGUUUGGGAAUCUGGGAAUUCAGAAAUCCAGGGAUUCGGAAAUCCGGGGGUUCGGAAAUCCGGGGAUUCUCCUGCUCGCAGGAAAGAGCGCCCGGAAAGCGUCGAGCCGGGAUCCGGGGCUGUUCCAGGGAUCCAGGAGCUGUUCCGGGGAUCCAGGGGCCGUUCCGGGAGCUAUUCCAGGGAUCCAGGAGCUAUUCCAGAGAUCCAGGGGCCGUUCCGGGGCUAUUCCAGGGAUCCAGGAGCUAUUCCAGAGAUCCAGGGGCCGUUCCGGGGGCUAUUCCAGGGAUCCAGGAGCUAUUCCAGGGAUCCAGGGGCCGUUCCGGGGAUCCAGGGGCUCCCCCGGGGUCGUUCCGGGGCUCCGCCGCUGCUCUGAGCCGGGAGCGGGCGGAGCCGGGGGGGCUCCAAUUAAGCGCUGUUUUAAUUAAGCCGGGGAGCGGAGAGGGCGGGGGGCUGUGGGGGGAGGAUCCGCUCUUUUUUCCCGGAUCAAAGGAAGGAAUCGCUGCUUUCCCUUUAAAUCCGGGAUGUGACAGCGCCGCGAGCGCGGCCGGGAGGGCAGGAAAAGCUCGGCCCGCCCUCCCCGCAGCAUCCCGGGAAUGCGAGCGAACCUUCCCUUCCCCUUCCCCUUCCCCUUCCCCUUCCCUUCCCUUCCCUUCCCCUCUCCCGAAUUCCCGGCGGUGUCACCUGCGGACCCCAGGAUCGGGAUCUGGAUUUGGGAUCGGGAUCUGGAUUUGGGAUCGGGGCCGGGAUUUGGGAUCGGGAUCCGGGAUCGUUCCCGGCGCGGCCGCUCCCGAGCGCAUUCCGGGCCCCACCCCGGCCUCGCUUCCCUUCCCGGGAAUUCCCGGAGCUCCCUCGGCCUCUCCCCGGGAAAAGAACCCCGAAAAUUAA